CUGGAAUGUCUAUGUACUGAGCUCCCAGCUCUGCAGUCCGGUCUGCGGGUGUGGCCUGUCCUUACAGCGCCUCCCCUUUCCUGGCAUGUGUCCAUAGUGUGCUCCCUGCUCUACAUAUGUCCGCAGUCUCUGGUCAUCCCCUGUACUGUGUCCGCAGUCUCUGGUCAUCCCCUGUACUGUGUCCGCAGUCUCUGGUCAUCUCCUGUACUGUGUCCGCAGUCUCUGGUCAUCCCCUGUACUGUGUCCGCAGUCUCUGGUCAUUUCCUGUACUGUGUCCGCAGUCUCUGGCCAUCCCCUGUACUGUGUCCGCAGUCUCUGGUCAUCUCCUGUACUGUGUCCGCAGUCUCUGGUCAUCUCCUGUACUGUGUCCGCAGUCUCUGGUCAUCUCCUGUACUGUCCGCAGUCUCUGGUCAU